GUUAAACAAACAUACAAAAAAAACAAAAUUUAACAAAGUAGGUUCAAUCAAUGAGUCUCUAUACAUAUCUAUAGAUCAAAACCUUUCGCAUACCACAACGUCUCUUUUACUCUUACGUGGGAGCUUUUGUUAGAAAGAGUCAGCUAUAAGUCUUAUUGUGGCAUACCGUCAGCUAGUUGUCCAGUCGAGUCGCAGACUUAAAGGAGGGAGGACGUGUUUUUCGCUGAUUUUUUGUGAGAAAUAUUGUUUGUGGAUUUUGGAAACUUAGUGCGGUGUAGUGUUCUGGAUGUUAAGGAUUUUUCCUAAAUAACAGACUGCAAAAUGAACGCAAAGUAGAUCAAAAUGGAUCAAGAGAAAACACAAUGUAACAGAAUACCAACUCUGGACGACCUGGAGAAAGCUGACACCACUCAAAUGGAGAACUACGUAGUAUACAACAUCACGCACAGAGAGAUGAAGAAACGAGAUCCAACGCUAUACAGCUAUUGCCUAGUCAGUGUAGUAAUAAGCUUCGUUUUUGGACUAUCAACUGGAAUAAUAUUAAUGGGAGCUAGUCCAUCCAAUACUCCUCUUAAACAAGCUUUAAAUAAAUCUGUUAAAAAUCCAUUAAAUUUAGAUGAAAGGUUUACAGCAGUAUCUUUUGUAGAGGAUAGAAAAGAUAAAGAAAACCCAACAGAGAAACCAGAUGUUAAUGAACAAGAUUCUAAGAAUGGCAGUCAUGUGCCUAAUACGAUGACUGUCCUAUAUGAGAAUGUAUUCUGGGGACCUGAAAUAGAAGAUUCAAUGCCUCAAGGAUACGGAGAAAAUACUGCGGAAUUGUGGGAGCAAUUUGUCAGCCAAAGCGAGGUUAUCAAAAUGGAGGUAGGGUGUGGAAGGAUGCAAAACAGAUUGGUUACUUUCAAGGAUGGGACCAGAGCUUGUGUUAGAUACAGACAAAAUACAGACCAAAUACAAGGGGAGAUCUUCAGUUUCUACGUAGGAAGGUUAUUAAAUUUGACUAAUUUGGCGCCCUCUGUAGUCAAAAUUGUUGAUUUGAAAGAUGAUCUAUGGAGGAAUGUCGCCCACGAAAUUGCCAGCGUACAAUGGAGUUCCAACAGGGCUGUGGUUUUAACACAAUAUGUCCCUAGUUUGGAAUCAGCGACUAUACCAGAUAUAUUCAAACCAUCGAAUCGUCAUCUUAAUAAAUUUGAUGUACUUCGAAUGUCGUUGAGCGAAAACAGCACUGUGGAACCAACAAAAGACAUUUUUUUAGAGAAAUUAAGAGCGAAGAACACCAAGCAGACGAAUGAUAAUGUCGAAAAUUUCGAUCACAUCGACAUGACGUUGGGUAGCAAAAUGAAGAAAUUAUUCGUUGAACUAGCGCAGUGGUCUGACUUAAUAAUUUUUGACUAUCUAACCGCUAAUUUAGAUAGGAUAGUAAACAACUUAUUUAACUAUCAAUGGAAUGUUAACAUCAUGGACGGUCCAGCCCACAACUUAGCUAGAAAGAUGGACAGUGGACUCCUUUUAUUUUUAGAUAAUGAAUCAGGCUUACUUCACGGCUAUAGGCUUCUUAAGAAAUACAACACAUACCACAGCCUUAUGUUGGACAAUUUAUGUGUAUUUAGAAGAAGAACUGUGGAGUCCCUUAAAUCGCUAUUCAACGCUCAAUCUAUAGGCAGUAAGUUAAGUGAGAUGUUUCAUACAAAGAACAACGCUGUGAUCAGAGACAUUCUGCCACCGCUUCCUGAGAAGAACUCAAAGAUACUGCACGACAGGAUCGGUAAAGUUCUCAGUCAAGUAGAAAAGUGUGAACAAAUUUUUAGGUGAAACCUCUUGUACGGCAAACGGACUUUAAACAGUGAAUUGAUAAUGUUAAUUUUGACGUAAAUACGUGGAAUACCCAGUGAGCUAAAUUUUGUCAUCCUCAUAGUACACGAUAACCCUGGACAUUAUUAAUACUAACUAGUGCAUUUUUUUUUUAUUUAUGAGCAGAGAGCAAUGCCUGAAAAGUCUGCGAGAUUACGUAACCACAUUAUAGAAAAUUUUCAUUCCGCAAACGAGCAUUAUACUUUUAUCUAUAGCAUGCGAGAUACGUUUAUAGUGUCAAUCAAGCUUAACAUUUUGUGUACUGUGGUCCCAAAAUCUUUUGUUUCUCGUCGUAAUUUUAAAAUGGUCAAUAUUAAAAUCGCGAAUAACGAAACUAAAAUAGAAUAUUACUUUUUUUUAAUCUUAGCGAGUCCAUUUAAAAUGUUUACUUGCAUCUAUGUAUUUACGUCAAAAAUAAUAACGGACUUGACGAGUGAUAUUUAAGCAUUUUUGAUACCAAAUAAUUUAAUUAUUUAUUGUAUAAAAAUUUAUAUAAAAUGUGCCAGUUUUUGUUGUAUAUUACUGUUAUGUAAAUAAGUCUAAAUGAAUACCGUGACGAGUUAACAUUUUAGGGAUUCAACAAAUGAUAACACAUCGAUAAUUCAAAAUCGAAUAUUUAUAUAGGAAUUAAAUUCGUUGGGUCCCUUUUCCAUAUAACAUAAUAUUAUUCAGGUACUGAUCUUAGAUGUGAUAUAUUUGUGUUAAAAAAAAAUAUCAUUACCCAAUCCGGGGCUCAAACUAAGCAAUGCUAGUUAUUUUGUCUAUUUAUAUCGUAUCAAUUUGGACUUAUUAACAUUUGAACAAUAACGUAUUUAUGCAGACCUCAUAAUUUUAAGUUAUGUUAUUAGGAUCGGUGCAGUUUGAUGCAAACGUGAUAGUUAAAAAAUCUCGUUUUCUCGUUCUGGGCUGUUCCUAUUAUGACGUAGUAAUAUGGUUAAUAUAUACAGGUGUUACCAAAAAGAUUUAAUGAGUAUAUACUUAUAGCUUAAUGGUAUAUUCUUUAUAUUAUACGAGAAAGUCCCAUUAUGUAAACCAAGCCUUAUUGGUCACAUCCUGUAUCUAUAUUACAUUAUUUUUUGUAAAUACGUUCAUUUGUUUUAAAUUUUAUGUAUAAGGGAAUCAUGAAAUAUUAAAAGCUGCGUAAAAUACAUUUGUUUAUUUAUUUUCCUAAUUCUACAAAAAAGGUUAAUUAACAAAAAUCGUUUUUUGUAUUUGUCAUAAUUUGUUAUGCAAUAAUUUUAAUUUAUAUUAUAAUAUAAAUUUAUAACUUUCAGUUGAUUGUUGUAAUUAAAAUAUUGCACUUGUAAAGAAAUAUUCUUAUGAUUCCCUUUUGCAUGAACAA